AUGUCCUUUGACAUGUUUAUUAAUACAGGGCGACGGAUUUUAGAAGAAAAACAGAUUGAUAAUCUUCAACUGGCAGAUGCAGACCCACUGAAAUGGGCCUCCAUUGACCAAUUAAUGGGCUCGGGAAGAUUCCGAGACCCUCAAUUGCAGGCGGCACUACCACCACGCAUAUUAGGUCAGUCCAAAGCUGCUGCAUUGGAAGCUUUUGCAGCCCUUCCUCAAAUUGGAAAACCCCGAUAUCCAUACCUGAAAAUAACACAAGAAAAUGAACCAUUUAUUCGUUUCAUAGACCGAGUUAGGGAUGCUUUGGAGGCUGCACCUAACCUUUCUGAGGAUGCCAAGGCAGUAAUGCUGACGGAAAUCGCCCGCCAAAAUGCCAACACUGUUUGCCGUCAGAUUAUCACCAUGCAGCCAGGGAAUGCUACCUUGACACAACUGGUAGAAGCUUGUGCCGAAGCCCCAUUGGCAAGAACAGUAACCCUUGCGGACGAUCAGGUCCACAUUCUUGAGACCAUAGAAAAAGGACCUAUUGGAUAUGGACUAGCAGGACAAGUGCUUGGGCGUUCUAGCAUCAGCUCUCAAGGCAUUUUUGUAUUGCCAGGCAUCAUAGAUGCUGAUUAUACCGGAAUUAUCAAAAUUAUGGUAAAGGUUUUUAAGCCUCCUGUGACUAUCCCCACAGGAAGUAAGACUGCACAAUUAGUUCCUUUUCAGCCGAUGGUACUGAAAGCAGAAGAAAAGAAGCGAGAAGCAGAUGGAUUUGGCAGCACUGGUAACAAUCUUGCACUAACUGUUCAAAAACUCACUCUUGACCGCCCGACUAUAGAACUUCGCCUCAAUCAUCCGUCAGGAGAGAUGCUAAUUGAUGAUAAGGGACAAAUGUACAUUGUGUACCUCUAUGAUACAGGAUCAGAUGUCACUAUAAUACCUCAAGCCUUCUGGCCUAGUAAUUGGUUGUUGACUGAGCAAGAAGGAGUCACUGGGAUCGGUGGCCAUGCAAAAACUUAUCAAGCAGGGGACUUUUGUUGCUUUACAACAAAGGAUGGUCGUCAAGCACAUGUAAAGCCUUAUGUAAUGAACACGGCAUUAUGGGUAGCAGGCCGAGACAUUCUACCAUAGCUUGGAGCAACUA